AUAAGCAGGGGAAAGUUGAAAGUCCCUUCACAACCAACUCCAUGACUAAUGAGCAAUCCGGCCUCAUGAAUCGCAUGCAUUAUAAAAAUUAAAAAGGAAAAAACAAUCACUACACGUGUAUAAAUUUCGUCUUCUUUAUUCAAAUUGGUCGCAUUUGAACUGCUUCAUCAAACUUUCAUCAAUGGCGAUUUCUCCAUCAAACACUCUUCUUCCUUGCAAAAAUCAUAACAUUUUCCGAUCCGAAAAUCGUUUCUCUUCAUCAGUAAAUCGCUCGAAGUCUGUAAAAUUCGCCACCAGAACGCCUAAAGUCUUAUCCAAAACAAGCGAGACUUCGUCACUGUCGUCGAUUAUUACAGAGCUCGAGAAAGAAACUAAUAAAACCCAACAAGCAGAACCAGAGAGAAAACUAGCCGAUAUUUGGAGAGAAAUUCACGGCCAAGAUGAUUGGGUCGGCUUGCUCGAUCCAAUAGACCCUAUUUUACGAACAGAGCUAAUCAGAUAUGGCGAGAUUGCUCAAGCUUGCUACGACGCUUUCGAUUAUGAUCCGUAUUCAAAGUACUGUGGAAGUUGCCGAUUCAUGCGCCGUAGGUUUUUCGACUCGCUAGGAAUGGGCCACCAUGGCUAUGAAGUCAGUAGAUAUCUCUACGCCACCACUAAUAUCGAUCUCCCUAAUUUUUUCAAGGAAUCGCGUUGGCCGAAAGUGUGGAGCAGAAAAGCUAAUUGGAUUGGAUAUGUCGCCGUAUCCAACGACGAAACAACAAAGCGUUUAGGCCGCCGUGAUAUCGUUAUUGCUUGGAGAGGUACUGUUACGCGGCUGGAGUGGAUUGCAGACCUAAUGGACUUUCUAAAACCUAUUAAUGGAAACAAAAUCCCUUGCCCCGAUCCCGCCGUAAAGGUUGAAUCCGGGUUUCUAGAUCUCUACACCGAUAAAGACGAGAAUUGCCGGUUUUGUAAAUUCUCAGCUAGAGAACAGGUAUUGACGGAAGUUAAACGGUUAACGGAAAUGCAUAGCAACGAAGAAGUGAGCAUCACCAUUACUGGUCACAGUCUAGGUAGUGCCUUGGCAAUACUAAGUGCAUAUGAUUUAGUUGAAACGGGGCUCCAUGUGAUGCAAGAUUGUCGGGCCCUGCCCGUUUGCGUGUUCUCAUUUUCGGGUCCUCGAGUGGGGAAUGCGAGAUUUAAGGAGCGGAUAGAGUCACUGGGUGUGAAAGUGUUGAGAGUAGUGAAUGUGCAUGACGUAGUGCCGAAAGCGCCAGGGUUUUUUUUCAAUGAGCAAGUGCCGCCGAUGUUAAUGAAGCUAGCCGGAGGAUUGCCGUGGUGUUACUCGCAUGUAGGAGUGGAGCUGGCUUUGGAUCACACCCACUCUCCCUUCUUGAAAGAAACAAGUGACCCGGUUUGUGCCCAUAACUUGGAGGCUCACUUGCAUUUGCUUGAUGGAUAUCAUGGAAAAGGCCGUAGAUUUGUACUGGCAGGUGGAAGGGACCCAGCACUGGUGAACAAGGCUUCUGACUUCUUGAAAGAUCAUUACUUGGUUCCACCCUUCUGGAGACAAGACGAGAAUAAGGGCAUGGUGAGAAAUAAUGAUGGCCGUUGGAUCCAACCUGAACGUCCCAGACUUGAUGAUCAUCCUCCUGAUAUUCAUCAUCAUCUCAAGAAAUUAGGCCUCGCUAAUUCUGACCACUAACAAAAUAUUAAUAUUUCCUUCUCCUUCACUCCAGGCAAUGGCCUGCAUUUCAUGAAAAUUAUGGACUUGGGUAUUGGAGCAGAGUAGUAAUCCAAAUGUAUCCGGGUGUAAAAUAGUCUCUCUGCCCUCCCAUAUUGUGCACCGAACAAUAAUUGAUUAUGAUAGAAGUUCUAGGUUUGUCUAAGAUGAUCAUAAGAGUUAUGUUAGCUGUAAAAACCACUAGUGCAAAAUUGUCACUACAUAGGAUCAAUUACUAGGGACCUUAGUUGCAAUUGAAAAAGUAAAUUUUAUUUAUUUA